CGUAUCAAACAUUGUAAACAUUGUAGGUAAAGUGUCUGCUGGCAGUACUUAGCUCUAGCAUGCCGUCUGGAGUGGUGAAUAAAGAUUUGCAGCAUGAACGCAGCAAAUGUACUUUCAACCUGGAAGAGUUCACCGUUUGGUGGGUCGGCGGUAAGGAGAAGCUAGCGGAGAAGCGAGCGAUGGAAACCUUUUUCCGUGAUCAACCGGAGUUCCACGAUACAGUUCCACUGGCUUAUGCUUCGCACAAGGAAAAGUAUGAAGAAAUCAUCCGUAAAGCAACGGUUAUAUUCACUAAAACUAGAAAGCUGCUCCAGGAACAGGGUAGAUACGAUGCCCGUAAUUAUUUCGAAACUUGGGAUUUCCUGCUCGGCACCGGUCUCAUCAAGGAGGGCAACCCAUUUAGAUUGCAGUUCGAUAUGUUCAUCCCGGCAUUGGUGGGUCAUGCGAACGCCGAACAGCAGGCCAAAUGGUUGGAACGAGCGUUGAACUGGCAAAUUCUGGGAACAUACGCCCAAACCGAACUGGGUCACGGAACCUUUCUACGUGGGUUGGAAACGAGGGCCACCUUCGACGAGCGGACCGAUGAGCUGGUGCUGCACAGCCCAACGCUCACCGCCUACAAGUGGUGGCCAGGAGCACUUGGUCACACCGCAAACUACGCCGUUGUGAUGGCUCAGCUGUAUUCCAAGGGAAAAUGUUUCGGGGUCCAUCCCUUUAUGGUUCAACUUCGAGACGAGGACAGCCAUCUUCCACUGCCGGGUAUCGACAUUGGUGAAAUUGGGGACAAAAUUGGUUACAAAGGUGUUAAUAAUGGCUAUUUGGGUUUCGACAAUUUUCGGAUUCCACGAACGAACAUGCUUAUGAAAAAUGCUCAACUAUUGAGGGAUGGAACGUAUGUCAAACCAGCUACUUCGGUACUGACCUACGGAACUAUGGUAUUCGUUCGGGUUAUCAUUUGUAAAGGCAUGGCUUACGAACUGUCGAAGGCAGCUACCAUAGCUGUGAGAUAUUCCUGUGUACGUCGGCAGAGCUUAAUCAAUUCAAAUCAACCGGAGGUUCAAGUAAUGGAUCAUUUAACCCAACAGGAUAAACUGUUGCCGCAAGUCACAAAGGCAAUCGCUCUGAAGUUGGCCGCAGACUAUCUCUGGCAGCUGUAUCAGGAUACCACGUCUGAAAUGGACUCCGGAAAGUUAGAUCGGUUGCCGGAACUGCAUGCCAUCUCCUGUUGCUUGAAGGCUAUUUCAACGGCUGACGCCGCUCGGGGCAUGGAAGUUUGUCGUUUAGCCUGUGGGGGACAUGGCUAUUUGUCCAGUGCAAAUUUUAUGACUUUCUACAGCGUUGCCACGGCGGCCUCUACCUAUGAAGGUGAAAAUACGGUGAUGCUACUGCAAACUGCAAGAUUUUUAGUCAAAUCAUGGAAUCAAGCACUUAAAGGUCGUAAACUACCAUCGACCGUCAGCUACCUGAGUGAUUAUUGUGGCAAAACAUCCAAACGAAUGCCCUGGAGUGACUCGCUGCCGGUGAUAAUUUCCGCUUUUCAAGCAGUCGUAGCCAACAAGUUGCGGCUGGCCAACGAACACAUCGAACGACGAAAGACGGCCGGAUAUACUCCGGAGGAGGCUACCAAUAUGACCGGGCUGGAGCUGACCACGGUGGCCGAGCUUCACGGUCGUGCAUUCGUUCUACAUUCGGCGUAUGAAAUGAUCGAGCAAGCCUGCCAAACGGCUUCCGUUCAACUGGCGGCGGUUCUACGCCAGCUAUGUGCCCUAACGGUUUAUGGUGAAGCUCUGCAAUUUGCCGGGGAUUUGUUGCGGUUCACCGCCAUUUCGGAAAGCGAUGUAGUAAAGUUACAGCUGAAAUACGAAGCAAUUCUGGCUGCGCUUCGGCCCAACGCCAUCGGUGUGGUGGAUGCUUUCGAUUAUCCUGACUACGUGCUCGGAUCCGCUCUUGGAGCGUAUGAUGGAAAUGUGUAUGAACGACUUUUUGAGGAAGCCAUGAAGAGUCCACUGAAUCAGGAACCAGUUAACAGAACUUUUGAAUUGUAUUUAAAACCACUGAUGAGAUCAAUGCUAUAAAGGGUAUCGCCCAAAUAUACUUACCGAUGAUAUUGGGACUUAAUAAAGGGAACUGGA